ACUAAGAAGAGUCUCCACCUUUCUUAUGACUCAACACAUGUCUGACCAAGAUGAUCUUGUUUUGCUUCACUUGCCAAGCUGCAGAAGAACACAUGCACCAUGUACAGAUAACUUCUCAGGAGCACUGCUACCUUUCCAAGGAUCCUUCAAGAAGCUCUUCUCAUCCACUCACCCCAGGUUGGACUCUCAAGUGUACAUCAUGGAAGAAGGCAUUGAUAACCCUGCAUUCACCACCUUGGGUGAGGUGGGCUUACAAUCCGUUGAUAAAGAAAUCAGUAAGGUUAAAGAUGGAGUGAAGGAAGACGCACAUGCCCACCAUGUUAACGAAGAGUUCAAAGAGGGUCCAUGUGGAUGGGGCAAAUUUACACCAAGCUUUCUGCAGUGCUGCAACAAUCCCAAGGGGUAUCUAGUGAUGUACAGCCUCCUGGCUGUUAUGCAAGGUACGGCUGUAAACGGUUUGGUGAAUGUGGUCAUUUCAACUAUUGAGAAGCGUUAUGACUUAAACAGCUCCCUAACAGGCUUGGUUUCCGCCAGCUACGACAUUUCAUUCUGUCUUCUGUCACUUUUUGUCUCAUUUUAUGGUCAAAGAGGGCACAAACCAAGAUGGCUUGCCUUUUCUGCCCUGAUGAUUGGCCUAGGAGCAAUUGUGUUUUCCUUGCCCCAUUUUACCAGCGGAGUGUAUCAGUAUGGAAACAGAUAUAAUGAAUUUUGUGAACAAUCAAGAAACAGUUCCAGUUCAGUGAACUGCAUUGACAAAACAGGUUCCUCCUUGUCCAACUACCUCUACGUCUUUGUUUUGGGUCAGCUGCUAAUGGGAGUAGGAGGAACUCCCUUAUAUACAUUGGGAACAGCUUUUUUUGAUGACAGUCUUCCUACACAUAAAUCCUCAUUAUACAUAGGCAUUGCAUAUGGGAUGUCUGUAGUGGGCCCUGCAAUUGGAUAUUUAAUAGGGGGGCAGCUGCUGAAUAUUUAUAUUGAUUUUGAUAAAGUAGAUAGUGUGCCUCUGUCUACCAGUGACCCCCGAUGGCUUGGUGCAUGGUGGAUUGCCUUCUUAAUCGUGGGUCUGGCGACCUGGUUGCUUAUUUUACCUUUCUCCUGCUUCCCCAAACACUUGCCAGGUACGGCUGCAGUACAGUCUGAACGGAUUUCACAAGCACAUAACAAUGGAAGUGAAAACGUUGUUGAGUCCAAGAAUCUUGGCAAAAGUUUUAAAGAUUUUCCUUUGGCUUUUUUGCUUAUGGUGAAAAAUCCCGUUCUUAUGGCUCUAACAUUUGCCAGCUCUUCAGAUGCACUUAUCACCACUGGCUUUGCAACAUUUCUUCCCAAAUUUAUUGAAAACCAGUUUUCACUAACAUCAAGCUUCUCAGCAAUUCUUGGAGGUGGUAUACUGAUUCCAGCAGCGGCCCUAGGACAAGUUAUAGGUGGCGUAAUUGUCUCAAAAUUCAAGCUUGGCUGUAAAAAUAUAAUGCGGUUGAGCAUUGUUUUAUCAUUUAUAUCAGUGGCAUUUGCCACCGUGUUCAUAUUUGCUAAAUGUGGGAAUGACCCCUUUGCUGGUGUGUCAGUGAAUUAUAAUGGGACUGGAGAACUUGGUGAUAUGUCAGCCCCAUGUAACAGUAACUGUUCAUGUGCUCGCUCAUUUUAUGACCCAGUGUGUGGAGCUGAUGGAGUGCAGUAUUUUUCAGCAUGUUAUGCCGGAUGCAGUUCUCAAGCUUUAUCUACUGAUGAUGAUAUAAAGAUUUAUACUGAUUGUAAAUGUAUUGGGAAAUCAGUACGAGAAAUAACACAGCGAACAAUCAGCCUAAAUGUUACAGAUGCUGUACCUGGAAAAUGUAAAUCCUCCUGUAAUAAUUUGAUACUGUUUAUGGUGUUUUUCUUUUUUGUCGUUGUAACCACCUUCAUGAUUGCCACUCCGAUAACAAUGGCCAUUCUCAGGUGUGUACCCGACAAGCAAAGGUCAUUUGCCCUUGGUGUGCAGUGGUCAUUUAUUCGGUUAUUAGGCUCCAUUCCAGGACCAAUAGUAUUUGGCGCUAUCAUAGAUAGCAGCUGUAUUUUAUGGAACUUGAAUGAUUGUGGGAAAAAGGGAGCUUGCUGGACAUACAAUAAUUCGGGCACAGCUUACAAACUGAUCGGCAUCAGUGCAGCAAGCAAAACUCUCACAAUAAUUUUUCUUUGUAUUGCACAUUUUAUAUAUAAACCUCCACCGAGCAAACCUGACUCUUCACAAGAUAAAGGAAAGAUCAUCUCUUCCGAGUCACUUUAAGAGGAAAGCGAUGUACAUCAUUGAUUUUUUUUGUAAUAAUAUACCUUGUGCAUAAUUCUCACGCUGUUCUUCCUCAAAUAAUCCAAACCAAGCCAAAUAAAUAAAUGGAAUCCAUCACCGUGGAAAAUAAUGCUUUUCCGUGGGAUGUUUAUAGACAGUGAUGAAGUGAAGAUCUGCGGUCUGAACAAAGCUAAUUAUAUCUGUUGUGUUUUUUAAAUAUCUUCUUUAGAAGAUUUAUUAGAAGGUUAUAUUAACCUUUCAAACUUGGCUGAUGCCAGGUACAUUGCUGAUUCUCCGCCUUUGGACACUAUGUGCAUAUGGAAUAUAUUUAAAGUUGAGUAAACUUGUAAAUGUAUUGUAUUACUAGUCUUGCAUUGACGCUGACUAUUUUAGGCUUCAGAGCUGAAAUCGCCCAGUAUUUUCUACAGUGAUUUGCAUUCUUGGAAGUGUAGUCUUAACAGCAGGCACUGUACUAGAAGUUAUAGGAGCUUAGUUAAACUGCCAAGGAUGACUGAUGACAAGUUUCCUCAGAUGACUAGCAGAAGGUAAAUAUGGCUCUAGACUGGACCAUAAGCUGUGACUAGAGAUUAGAAAAUAAGUAAUACAAUGCAAUUAGAGUGUUACUCAAAUUAUGAUAUAAAUUUAUUCUAUCUACUUUAAAAUAGUUCUCAGCGUACAACUUUUCUGAAGAAAGAAUGGAAUAAUAGAAUUCCAUAAAAAGAUAGACCCUUAACAUAAGGCAUUCAACAGAGUCUUUUUAACCACCAAUCUGCGUCAGAAUAUAAGAAAAAUCUCUGAUGUGUUAGUUCUACCUCUAAGACUUACACCUAUCUCCUAAAUGGGCCCAAAUAGAAUUAUGUUACUUUCAAGAUAUGCAUUCUUUUAUUUACUUCUAUUACAGUUAUGGAAAGAGUAAAACAGACCACCUAGCUGUUUUUGUAAUCCCAGCCACCUUCAUCCAUCCUAAGCAGGUCAAAUAUGGCUGGGGGGUGGCAGUUAUAGAGAUAGGUGGGAAUGCCUUCUCCUAUUAGACAUUAUGGCAUAUCUUAUGGAUAUGGUGGAUAUGGGCAUCGUAGUGGUUGAGACUAUAGUGGUACAUUAGCUAUACACUUUAGAAUUUCCCCUGAUACAUUGGGAAAGCAGGAAUGGUCAUAUUAGAUUUUUUAUA